CAAAAUGUUCCAUCAACCAAAAAGUAAGGUGGGGAACAAAACAAAAGCAAACCCCCAAUUUUUUCUUAAAAAAAAAUCUUUUACACAGUAAAGAAGGAUCUAAUACUCACCAAGCAUUUUUUUUGCUCACUGGACAAACUCAAAGGUCCAAAAUAAAUCUCUCUUCUUCACUUUCCUUUUUAAAUUUUUCCUCUACAACUCAAUAAUAUUUCAUCUUCAAUUCUUCCCACCAAAUAAAUAAAAUCAAUCAUUAUUUCCAAAUUCUAACUCAUACCCACAUAAUUAAAUUAAAUUCCCAAUAAAACCCACAAAUUAAUUUUUCCAUUAUCAUAAUUUAAUUUUCCGGUAAAUAAUUUUGGCCGGAAAGUCACCGGAGGUGAUGCCUACGGCGGUGACAACGGCGAGACAAUGCUUAACAGACGAAGCAGCAAAGGCUUUAGACGACGCCGUAUCAGUAGCAAAACGAAGAAACCACGCACAAACGACGUCGCUUCAUGCAGUAUCAGCUUUACUUUCACCAUCAAUCUCUCUCCUCCGAGAAUCUCUGACACGUUGUCGGAGCUCCGCUUAUUCGCCACGUCUACAAUUCCGAGCUCUCGAAUUAUGUGUCGGCGUUUCAUUGGAUCGUUUACCUUCUUCCAAAACUACCCUUCAAGAAAAUGACGAUUUUGCCCCUCCUAUCUCCAACUCUCUCAUGGCUGCCAUCAAACGAUCACAAGCUAAUCAGAGAAGACAACCCGAGAUGUAUCACUUUAAUCACUUACACGUCACCAACAAUAUUAUUAAUAAUUCUAUUAAUAAUAAUAAUAACAAUAAUAGUAAUAAUAAUAAUAUGAAUAAUAAUAAUGGGAAUAUUUCGAUUUCUUCUAUAAAAGUUGAGUUGAAACAUUUUGUAUUAUCAAUAUUAGAUGAUCCGAUUGUAAGUCGGGUAUUUGGUGAAGCGGGUUUUCGGAGCUCCGAGAUAAAGUUAGCAAUACUACACCCACCAAGAUGGGGCCCAAGCCCAAGUUCGAGAUGUCCACCAUUGUUUCUGUGUAAUUUGAUGGAUUUUCCGGGGUAUUUUGGGGAAGUUGGAAAUGAUGAGAAUUGCAAGAGAAUAGGAGAAGUGAUGGUGAAGAAGAAGGAGAAGAAUCCUCUACUUGUGGGUGUAUGUGCUAAAGAUGCACUUACAAAGUUUAAAGAUUGUAUCUUGAAGAAGAAAUUUGAUGGGUUUCCUGUUGGAAUUCAUGGGUGUAGCUUAAUUUGUUUGGAAAAUGAGAUUAAGGAGUUUUUUAGUGGAAAAAGUGGGGUUGAAAAGUUGGAUUUGAAGAUUAAUGAAGUGAAAUUAAUGGUGGAAAAUAAUGGGUUUAAAAUUGUGGUUAAUUUGGGAGAAUUGAAAGUUUUGGUUGAUGAAAAUGAUGAUGAUGAUGAAAAAGAUUGCAGCUUUAAUAAAAAAGAAGUGGUUUUGAAGUUGAGUAAUUUGGUACAAUUUGAUGGGAAAAAGAUUUGGUUAAUUGGUUUUGCUACUAAUUAUGAAACUUACUCUAAUUUUGUGGGUAAGUUUCAAUCUGUUGAGAAAGAUUGGGAUCUUCAUCCUCUACCUAUAACUUCUUCUAAAUCUUCAUAUGAUGGGUUUAGUUCUAAAUCCAGCUUGAUGGGGUCCUUUGUUCCCUUUGGUGGCUUCUUUCCAACACCUUCUGAUUACCGACCACCUGUAACUGCUGGGAGACAAUCCUUUACUCGUUGUAAUGCAUGCAAUGAAAAGUACGAGCAAGAGCUUGGGGCUACGCUGAGAGAAGGAUCAUCUGUUCCAUCUGAUGAUCACCACUCUGCAGCUUUGCCAUCCUGGCUGCAGAGGUCAGAUUCAGACUUGAGCAAGGGAGAUGUCGUUGCACAGGUCAAGGAUGUAAAAGUAACAUCAGGUGAAAAAAUUAAGCACUUGCAGAAAAGAUGGGAUGAUCAUUGUCGGCAUGCUCAUCAGAGUUCCAUGUUGGUCACUCCUGGAGUUUCUUUAGCCAGAUUGCAAGUUUCGCAGCCUAUGGCCUUUCCUUUUAUGGCAGAUAAUGUGCAGGGAAGCUGCAGCAGUGGAGAUUCCUCUUUGAAUGAGAGAGCAUGCUCAACUUCUAGCUCUGGCAUGCAGAUAAUCGCACAGAAAGUAUCUCCUCAACAGCAGGUUACAAAAGCCGAGACCCCCAAACAAGCCUUGGAAGUACUACCGUGUCAUUCAAUUGAGAGAGAGCACUCAGCUUCCCUGAUGUAUCCCGUUCAAAACUUAAGCCUGCCUCCAAACCAAGCAAUGGCUAUUACUGUCACUACUGAUUUAGGCUUGGGAACAAUCUAUGCAUCUAAAUGUAAUCAAAAGAAACCUUUCUUGCAUGAUCCUCAGACUCAUUUGCAGCACUUCCCGAGCCCCGUUUUAACUAACCACGGUUUCAUUAAGAAGGAUUUUGCUCAAAGUGUUCAUUCUUCUUCCAAGGGAUUGGACCUGGGUGAUUACAAGACACUUUAUAGAAAGUUAAGUGAGGUGGCUGCAUGGCAAGGUGAGGCAAUUAGCAGGAUUUCUGAAAUAGUGUCAUGUUGUAGAAGUGGAAAUGGACGUCAACGUGCUGCAACAUGGCUCAGUUUUCUUGGACCUGAUAAAAUUGGAAAACGGAAAAUUUCUGAAGCACUAGCUGAUGCAAUGUUUGGCAGCAAAGAUCGCCUUAUUGCUGUGAAUUUGAGCUCACAAGAUAAUAUUAGCAAGGUCAACUCCAUAUUUCUUUGUCAAAGAUCACAUGAUUUUGACAUAAAUAUGAGCAGAAUAACAGUUGUGGACCAUAUAGUCCAGGAGCUGUGUAAGAAGCCGCACUCUGUUGUGUUCCUUGAAAAUGUAGAUGAGGCGGAUCUAGUGGUGCAGAAUAGCUUAUCUCGUGCCAUUCAAACCGGAAAAUUUCAGGACUCACGCGGCAGAGAAAUUGGGAUUAAUAAUGUGGUUUUUGUUACAACUUCUACCACGACCAAAGAUGAUAAAAGCCUCUCUCUUUCUCCUAGGAAGGAAUUCAUCAAAUUUCAGGAGGAAAAGAUCUUGGAAGCGAAAAACUGGCAGAUGCAACUGGAAGUCAGAAGUGUUUCUACUGAUACUAGCAAAGGUAAAGAGGCAACUGUUUCACUUUUACCCAUAAAAUAUGCCUCAAAUCAAGAAUCCGGGACUAAGAGGAAACUCUCCGACAUCAGUGACACUUUGGAGGUACCAACCUGUGCCAACAAAACUUCAAAAAAUUCUCUUGAUUUGAAUUUACCAUUGGAAGAUAUAGAUGAAGCUGUUGAGACAGACGUCUUUGGAAAAGCUUGGCUGGAAGGUUUCUUUGGCCAAACAGACGGAAAUGUGGUAUUUAAGCCGUUUGAUUUUGAUGCUCUUGCUGAUAAAUUGCUUAGGACGGUGCGCUCAAAGUUUGAGGAGAUAUGUAAGGGAGAAAGAAUAUCACUAGAGAUUGAUCAUGAAGUAAUGCUACAAAUUCUUGCAGCAUCUUGGCCUUCGGACAAGGAGGCCAUUGAGCAUUGGAUUGAACAGGUUCUGGUUACAAGCUUCGCUGAAGCCCGGGAAAAAUUCCACUUAUCUGCUGAAUCUGUUGUACGAUUAAGUUGUUGCGAAGGUUUUCCCGUCAAAGAAUGGGCUUCUGGUAUCUGCCUUCCGAAAAGAAUAAACCUCGGUAUCUGAAUCCUUCUUUGUCUUAGCUUUUUGCCUCUAGUGUAAACUAUAUAUUGUAGCCUUGAGCCCCGGGUUACAUCAGCCAUGUUUAGGCUAGGUGAUCUGUAUAAUUUUUUCCUGGAUCUUUUUUCUGCAUAUAUAUUGUAUGUGCUGUACUUUUGACCACAGUUAGAAAAAAAAUGUAUAAAGCUAUGCUAGUAUCUAGUUGUAUAUGUAUAUGUUUCUCUAAGGUUAUGGGUUUGGAAAUUUAGCAUAUUAGUAGUAUAUUGUAGUUUCCUACUGUUCUGAAGACUCAGGUAUUCAUGCCAUGCACUUAAAUAAGUACCAAGUUUUCAGGG